UACUCAUCCAUCAGAAUGGCGGGACGAAGGCAGACUGCAAUCGCCCUGGGCUCGAACCUGGGCGACCGCCUCGGCAACCUGCUGGCGGCGGUGCGGGCGCUGGCAGACGACGGAAUACAGGUGUGCCGCUUGUCGCGGCUGUACGAGUCCGCCCCCGCCUAUGUCACCGACCAGCCGCCUUUCCUCAACGCCGCGGCGAUGGUGGAGACGGUGCUGCCGCCGCUGGAGCUGCUGCGCCGCCUGAAGGCCAUUGAGGCACGGCUGGGGCGCGACCUUGGCCCCUCCGCCCGCCGCUGGGGCCCCCGCCCCAUCGAUCUCGACAUUGUGUUCUUUGAAGAUCAGACGGUGGCAGAGGGGGAGGCGCUGGUGGUGCCCCACCCGCGAUGGCAGGAACGGGACUUUGUGAAAGCACCGCUGGCAGACCUCGAGGGGGCAGAGGGGAGCGCUGGCGGCGGCGAGGGCGGCCUCCAGCGCCAGCUGCGGCUGGCCUCCGGCUUGUGGCAGGCUGCGGGCGGCGAGCGGCAGCUGGGCACACCCGACCUGGAGUGUGUGCUGCCCAUGGGCCGCCUGGGGCUCUGGCCCUGGCAGCGACGCACGCAGGUCAUGGGCAUCCUCAACGUCACCCCAGACAGCUUCAGCGACGGCGGGCGGCACGCCAGCCUGGGCGCCGCGGUGGCGCACGCCAAGGCGCUGGCAGCCGCCGGCGCAGACAUCAUCGACGUCGGCGGCCAGUCCACGCGCCCCGGCUCCGACCUGCUGUCGGCGGAGCAGGAGGCGGCGCGGGUGGUGCCGGUGAUAGAGGCGCUGGCGCGGGAGGAGGCCAUCGCCGCGCUGCCGCUGUCUGUGGACACCUUCCACGCUGACGUGGCGGCGGCGGCGGUGGCUGCGGGCGCCACCAUGGUCAACGAUGUGUCUGGGGGAGGCAUGGACCCGGGCAUGCACCGCCAGGUGGCGCAGCUGGGCGUGCCGUACGUGGUCAUGCACAUGCGAGGGACGCCGCAGGACAUGCAGCAGGCGCGGCACACGGCGUACGCCGACGUGGUGGCAGAGGUGGCGGCUGAGCUUGCGGCCACCGCACAGGCUGCCAUUGCUGCGGGCGUGGAGCCCUGGCGGCUCGUGCUGGACCCGGGGCUGGGCUUUGCCAAGACCGCAGACGGCAGCCUGCAGCUGCUGGCGCGGCUGGGCGAGCUGCGGCGCGCGCUGCCGCCGCCGCUGGCGGCGCUGCCGCUGCUGGCGGGGCCCUCGCGCAAGGGCUUCCUGGGGCGCCUGACGGGGCGGGAGCGGGCAGAGGAUAGGGACUAUGCCACGGCAGCGGCUGCCGCGCUGUGCGUGGCGGGCGGUGCCAACAUCAUCCGCGCCCACAACGUGGCGGCGGUGCGGGAUGCUGUGCGGGUGGCGGAUGGAGUGGCCAGGUUUGCGCUGUGA